AUGGGCGCAUCAUUAUCACUAGCAGAAACAGCAGCAGGAGCAGGUGGCCGCAACAUGCGUGAAUACAAUUCUGGCGUGCAUAAUGGAAGACUGCCUGCAAACCUUCAGGGCGACGGAACCAAGUCUACAGCGACACCCGAGACUUUGCUCAAGCCAAAGCCUAAGCCCAAGCGUGCACAGUCCUACUCGGAUAGCGACGAGGAGGGGUCCGACACGUUUGACACGCGCAGAAAGCACUACUCGGACGACGAAGAAUCUGAAGAUUCCGAGGACGACAAUGACGACGAGCUGCGCCGCGACGGGUUUCUAGUCGAUGACGACGAAGUCGAAGAAAACGUAUCCGACGGGGAGGAGCGGCGGCAGCGGAGAAAGAAAAAGAAGCGCAGACACGUCGAGCACCCGGACAGUGACGAUUUGCUGGACGACGAGGAUCUGGCGCUGGUGGCCGAGAACACCAACCAGAGAUACGAGAGUACAAGCCAGGCGCGCGAGAAGGGAUCAAAGUUCAAAAGGCUCAAGCGUGGGCGCGGCAGACAGUCCGGUGGCGAUGCCGAGGAUGAGGAUCUGAAGGCCGAGCUCGAUGACCUAAUUGACAAUGGUAGCGACAAUGGUGGCGGGUUCGACGAAGACGACGAUGUCGAUGAUCUGGGGCUGUUUGGCAACGACGACAGCAGGCCAGGCAGGCGCAACGAGCGCGGCGGCGGCGGCGGUGGCGGCAGAAAUGAAGGCCGCGGCAGAGCUGCGCGCGAUAUGUCGGACGAGGACGAGGACGACGACAACAACGACGACGCGAGAGGAAGGUCCGGCGGGCGGCGCUACGACGACGUGGUCGAUGUGCCGCGGCGGUCGCGCGCAGAGGGCAGCGGCAAACGGCCCGCAACGGCAGCGGCGGGUGCGGCGGGUGCGGCUGGGCGCAGCGACUUUUUUGUCGACAACAUCGAGAACAUUGACGAGGACACGUGGAUGGAGCUGCAGGACAUCUUCGGCGAUGGCGAAGAGUACGCGUUUGCCAUGGACGCGCACCGGCAGCACGAGGAGGACGGGUACCGGGAGAAGACGCUGGCGGAGGUGUUCGAGCCAGCCGAGCUCGAGGCCAAGCUGAUGACGCAGAGCGACGAGGACAUCCGCACGCUGGACAUUCCUGAGCGCAUCCAGAUGCGGCUGGGGGUCGGGCGCGAGGCGCUGCGGCCGCUGAGCGAUGACGAGAUUGAGGAGGAGACGCGUGGGUGCAGCAGCAGCAGCGCCGACAACGAGGACGACCCGCAGCUGUUCCAGCAGGUCGACUUUGUCAGGGAGGAGUUCCUGGCGUCGGUGCUGUCGGUGCUGCGCCUGAUGUCGCAGAACUUCUUCGAGGUGCCGUACAUCGCGCGCCACAUGCGCGACGCGUUCGUGACGCCCGUCGGGCGCUCGGACGGCUCCGGCGGCGAGGACGAGCGGCGCGAGUGGCUGGCGACCAACGACCUGUGGCGGCUGUCCGACUACGACCAGCAGUUCCGCGGGCUGCUGGCGUCGCGCCGCGCGGCUGAGCGGCUGAUCGACCGCCUGGCGCGCGCGGGCCUGCUUGUGCCCGCCGACGAGCAGUACGCGCGCGAGACGCUCGAGGCGCCGGCCAGCGUCGAGGAGGUCAACGACGUCAGCGAGUGGCUGCAGGCGCGCUACGCCGGCGCGAUCAGCACGCAGCAGCGGCGGACGCAGGAGGGCGGGCGCGCGCGCAAGCGCGACGGCGCGUGGGAGCAGAUCCAGCGCGCGGGGCUCGACGCGUUCGUGGCGGCCAGCGGGCUGAGCGCGCGCCAGGUCGGCGACAACACCGUGCAGCCCGGCAGGCACACGCCGGCGCGCAGCAGCCGGGCGCCGCUGGACGUUGCGCGCUCGCUUGUCGGGCAGCACUUUGCGUCGGCCGAGUCGGCGCUGCGGGCGGGCCGCGCGGCCCUGGCGCAGGCGCUGGCGCUGGACCCGCAGGUGCGGCGCUUCGUGCGCGCAUACUGCAGCGAGCACGCGUGCGUCGUGGCGCGCGCGACCGAGCGUGGGCGGCGCGAGAUCAGCGACGAGGAGCACCCGGCGUUCGCCGUCAAGUUCCUCAAGCAGAAGCCCGUCGCGGCCUUCAGCGGCUCGGUGCAGUGGCUGGCGCUUGACAAGGCUGUGCGCGGCGGGCUGGUGCGCCGCGAGUUCUCGCUCACCGGCGAGAGCCGCUUCGACGCCCGCGACCCGACGCGCGACGCCGACGUGUUUGCUGCCGACGCCGAGCGCUCGGCGCGCGUGGUCGCCGGGCUGCUGGAGCAGUUUGCCAGCUCGGCCGCCGGCGACGACGCAUGGGACGCCGAGCGUCGCGACGCGCUGUUUGCCGCAGUGCGCGACCACGUGCUGCCGCUCAUCUGGCGCGAGACUGCGCAGCGGCUGGCGACGCAGGCCUUCGACGUUGUCGCCGACGCGUGCCGCCGCGCGCUGGAGCGCCGCAUCGACAUGCAGCCGCCGCGCACGCCGGGCAUGGCCGAGGGCGCAGGCCCGCGCGUGGCCGUCGUUGCCGGCGGCGGCUUUGACGCGAGCUCGCGCGGCGCGCUGCGCGUCGCGGUGGUCGACGAGAACGGCUGCGUGCGCGCCGAGUUCAGCGCCGACUCGAUGCGCGUCGACGGCGCCGGCAUUGGCGGCGGGGGCAACGGCGUUGCGGCGCUGAUGGACGCCAUUUCCACGCACGCGGUCAACGUCGUCGCCGUCGCCGGCAUGAGCCUGCAGACCCGCCGCCUGUUCGACGACGUCAACGCCGCCGUCACGGCGCACGGCGCCAAUGUGCUUGUGACGUACGCCAGCGACGAGGUCGCGCGGCUGUGGUGCGACACCGCUGCGGCGCGCGAGGAGCUGCCGGCGCUGCGGCGCGAGGAGCGCUACUGCGUGGCUGUUGCGCGCACGCUGCAGGACGCGCCCGCCGCGUACGCGUCUCUGGGCGCGCGUGUGCUCAGCCUGCCGCUGCAUUCUGCGCAGCGCGACGUGGACCAGGGCGCGCUGCUCGCCGUGGUCGAGCGCGCGUUCGUCAACGUUGUCAACCGCGUGGGCGUCGACGUCAACCGCGCAGCAGCCCAUGCGCACCUGCAGCCGGCACUGGCCUUUGUCGCCGGCCUGGGCCCGCGCAAGGCGCAGGGCAUCGUGGCGCGCAUUGGCGGCGUCGACCGCGCGCUGGAGUCGCGCAACGAUCUGAUCAUCCGCAACCUUAUCACGCGCGACGUCUUUGUCAACUGCGUCGCUUUCCUGCGCGUGCGCCCGGCCACUGAGCCGCUCGAUGCGACGCUCAUCCACCCGGAGGACUACGACUUGGCCCGCAAGAUGGCGCUCGACGCACUGGACAUCGAGGAUGACGCCGACGACGGCCGCUCCCGCCGCCGCUCCGACGCACCGUCGCGCUACGUCGCCGAGGUGAUGCGCCGCGCGCCCGAGAAGCUCGAUGAGCUUGAGCUGUCCAAGUACGCCGACGAGAUCAACCGCCUGACGAAGACCCAGAAGCUCGAGACCCUCAAGUUCAUCCGCAACGAGCUGCAGUCAAAGAACUCCGACCCGCGCCCCGAGUAUGUGCAGCCGUCGGACGCCGAUGUGCUGCACAUGAUGACGGGCGAGACCAUCGGCGAGACGCUCAAGGAGGACGGCUCCUGCGUUGUGGCUGCCACGGUCAUUCGCGUGCAGCCGCGCUUCGCCAUUGCGCGCCUGGACUCGGGCCUUGAAGGCUUCAUUGGCAUCGCCAACGUGUCCGACCAGCGCAUCGACGAGGUGUCGAGCGAGCUGGCGCCCGGCCAGGCCGUCGUUGCGCUGGUUAAGCGCAUCGAUCUUGAGAAGAUGUCGCUGGACCUCUCCAUUCGGCCGUCGGACGUGUCACAGGCCGUCGGGCGCCUGCGCCAGCCGCUGCCCGACGCCCAUGCUGUCGACGUGUACUUUGACAUGGAUGCCGAGGCCGCCCUGCGCGAGCGCGCCAAGGCGCAGCAGAACAAGGCUUCGGCGCGCACCCGCAACAUCCCUCAUCCGCUCUUCAAGCCGCUGAAUGCCCGCGAGGCCGAGCACUAUUUGGCAGCACGUCCGCGCGGCGACUGCGUCAUCCGGCCGUCGUCGCGCGGCGUCGACCACAUUGCAGUGACGUGGAAGGUUGCCGAGGGGCUUUUCCAGCACAUUGAUGUGCGCGAGGAGGGCAAGCCCAGCGACGCAGCGCUCGGCCACACUUUUAUUGUCGGCGACUCUGCGUACACCGAUCUGGACGAGCUUGUAGCGCUGCAUGUUGACCCCAUUGCGCGCAAGCUGGACGAGGUUAAGCGGAGCCCCAAGUUCUACGACCCCGAGAACGACCCACUCUAUGCUGCGGAGCCCGCCGACCAUGUCUUGGGCCCCAACGAUUUCACCGAGGACUACCGCAACCGCCGCCUGGCACUCUGGGACGCCCGUAUCACUCGCCACCUUGACACCCUUGCUCAGAGCACUGGCCGCGGCGCCUACUGCAUUUGCCUCAGCCUGUCCAAGCCCGGCGCCCUGCUGCUGGCCUUCAAGCCCACGCCGGCGUAUCGCGGCAUCACAAAGUGGACUGCGCGCGUUGAGCCUAACGAAUACCGCCUGGGCGAUCGUGGCCGGUACCCGGAUAUCAACGGUCUUAUCAUUGGCUUCAAGACCAUGCAGAUGAACCCACGGCGUUGCAGAAGAAUAGCGCUUCGGCCAAUGCGCGCGGUGAGUCAUCGUCGCGUCGCGAGUCAUCUUACCGCUCUUCUCACAAUGCUGGCCCAUCUUCGUCUAGUCGCUGGGGAGAUAGGGAACAGCGGGAUGCAGAUGCAGAUCGGUACAGAGACCGCGACAGCAGAGACAGAGGUCGUGAUUAUGACAGGGACCGUGAUAGAGACAGGGACAGAGGCAGAGGCAGAGAUGGUGAUAGGGACAGAGCGAGAGACAGAGGCAGAGACCAUGGCAGCAGGGAUUACGACAGAGACCGGGACAGGACAGAGACAGAGACAGAGACAGGAACAGAGACAGGGAUAG